CACUGCUGUUCCACAUCACUCUCUUUUGCUCUGUGUGCGUGUGUGUGUGUGUGUGUGUGUUUGAAACCGGCAGAAAGCGUGCGAGGAUCAACAGGAGGGAGGACUCUUCUUUAUUUGCCCAACACUACAAAAAGAUGGAUGCCGCAGAGUUCCGGAGACGUGGGAGGGAGAUGGUAGACUAUGUGGCAGAUUAUAUAGAGAACAUUGAGAAAAGGCAGGUCUACCCUGAUGUGGAACCAGGAUAUCUGAGGUCACUGAUUCCUGAGGAAGCCCCGGAGGAGCCAGAGAACUAUGAGGAUGUGGUCAAAGACAUCGAGAGGGUGAUCAUGCCAGGGGUCACCCACUGGCACAGCCCAUACUUCUAUGCAUAUUUUCCCACUGCCCACUCUUAUCCUGCAAUGCUUGCAGACAUGCUGUGUGGAGCCAUUGGCUGCAUUGGAUUCUCUUGGGCUGCAAGUCCUGCCUGUACGGAGCUGGAGACAGUGAUGCUGGACUGGCUGGGAAAGAUGCUGAAGCUACCAGAAGAUUUUCUUGCUGGGACCAAAGGCAAAGGAGGUGGGGUCAUCCAGAGCACUGCCAGUGAAGCCACUCUCAUAACUCUUCUUGCUGCUCGCUCCAAAAUCGUCAGGCUGAUCCAGGCAGACUAUCCUGAACGAUCUGAGACAGACAUUAUAUCCAAACUAGUUGCCUACUCGUCUGAUCAGGCACACUCAUCUGUGGAGAGGGCAGGGUUGAUAGGUGGAGUGAGGAUGAAGGAAAUUCCUACCGACAGCAAGUUUUCUGUGCGAGGAGAUGCACUGGAGAGGAUCCUGAAGGAGGAUAAAGCUGCAGGACUUAUACCAUUUUUUUUCUGUGCAACACUGGGAACGACUGCAUCCUGUGCAUUUGACUGCAUCACUGAGCUUGGCCCUAUAUGCAAUGCAGAGAAAAUGUGGAUGCACAUUGAUGCUGCGUAUGCCGGGAGUGCGUUUAUCUGUCCGGAGUUCAGACCCUUGCUGAACGGAAUUGAGUUUGCAGACUCUUUCAAUUUCAAUCCUCAUAAAUGGCUCCUGAUCAACUUUGAUUGCUCGGCGAUGUGGGUGAAGAAAAGAGCAGACAUUAUUGGAGCAUUUAAAAUGGAGCCACUAUAUCUGAAACAUGAUCAUCAAGAGUCGGGACUUGUCACUGAUUAUAGACACUGGCAGAUCCCGCUGGGUCGGAGGUUUCGCUCUCUCAAAAUGUGGUUUGUGUUCCGCAUGUACGGACUCAAAGCUCUCCAAGCCUACAUCCGCAAGCAUGUAGGACUGGCUAAAGAGUUCGAGUCUUUAGUGAGAGCAGAUCAACGCUUUGAGAUCUCAGCUGAUGUGGUGAUGGGUCUCGUCUGCUUUAGACUCAAGGGCUCCAAUGAAUUAAGUGAAAAUCUGCUGAAGAGGAUCAACAGUGCACGGAAGAUUCAUCUCGUUCCUUGCCAAUUGGCUGGCAAGUUUGUUCUGCGGUUCGCUGUGUGUGCCCGUGCUACUGAGUCACGGCAUGUCCAGGAGGCCUGGUGCCACAUCCGACAGCUGGCAUCGGAGCUGCUUCAGGAACGACUACACUGACCACUGCAGUGGGCAUCACAAUGAGUCAAACAGCUGAUUUGUACCUCGUCUGCUUUCACACUGUCUUAAUUCCACUCUAUCGCUGAUUCAUGCUAUUUAUUGGCAAAAUAUGUAUAUGUGUGCGUUCGUGAUUGUCACAAAGGUGUCCGCCAUGAGUGUGUAGCAUUCCAGGCUCCCUCUGCCUACAUUUAUAUGGCAUGAUGUCCAAAAAAGGCACAUCAUAUCAUGUUUGUCGAUUGCAGAUUUCUUCUUCAUGAUUUUCAUCCUCACUCCUGUAAUCAUUAGGGCAGCAAAAAAAAAAAAAAAAGUAAUUAACCAACAAAUAAUCAUUGAAAAUUUCAAUAACCAAUCAGUAGGUUUUGAAUGAUUGUUCAGCUUUUGCGAUGAGUUAAACAGUUGUAGAUCCUAAGUAAUAAUUUAAAAAAUAAUAGUUUUCAGCAUUU